CCAAUUCCCUUCGGUUUUUGCUUCUGCCUCCCCGCUCCCUCGGCUUUCCUUACUCCGCUGGCAGCCCCCGACGCGAGGCGACGCUCGCUACCCAGAACCAGGCCAACCACCGCAGCAAAGGCCUCAGAGGCUGCACCGCCCUGGCGGCGAGCGCACUGCCGCAGCCCAAGGAGCAGGAAGUCCCCAUGGCCCACCGAGCCCGGCCUUGGCUGUCGUCACGUGACGCAGCGCGUGGAGCCGCCGCGCAAGCCGCUUCGCUCGGGUCCAUUUCGGCCGCGGAAGAGGCAAGCGGGGUGGCCGCUGCCGCUGCUGUUAUGCUCGCGCCACGGUGGCUGCUCGCCUCCCUCCUCCUCCCCGGCUCGGCGGCCACGGCGGCUUCCGCGGGUGACUUCCUCGCCCUCCGUUCCAGGCAGCCCCUCCGCGGCGGAAGCGUUUCUGCUCCGGAGACGACGGUAGCACCGUGAGACCUGUCUUGCCCUCAUCGCCUUGCGCGCCUGCCCGCUUCGGAUGGUGCUUUUCCUGGCCUGUGGGUGCCGCGGGCGGCGGGACUAAUAUGCUCACUCGGAUGAGGUCUGCCAUGGCCAAUUUGGUGGGAGGCAUCAUGUCUGGCGGCUCGGUCCCGGAGGCCGGCGGGGGCUUGGAUUUGCCUCCCCGCUUUCCCUACGGCAGACCCGAGUUCCUGGGGCUGUCUCAGGACGAGGUCGAGUGCUCCGCUGAUCACAUCGCCCGACCCAUCCUCAUUCUCAACAAGGAGACCAAGCGCUUGCCCUGGACCACGGGAUACGCCGAAGUGAUCAAUGCAGGGAAAAGUACACAUAAUGAGGACCAAGCAAGUUGUGAAGUGCUUACGGUGAAGAAGAAAACCGGAACAACUAAUUCAACACCAAACAGAAAUUCCUCUAGUAAGCGGAGAUCAUCAUUGCCCAAUGGGGAAGGAUUGCAGUUGAAAGAGAAUUCAGAAUCGGAUAGCAUCUCUUUUCAUUAUUGGUCAUUAUUUGAUGGCCAUGCUGGAUCUGGAGCAGCUGUGGUAGCCUCCAAGUUGCUGCAGUAUCAUAUUGUAGAGCAGUUGCAGGAGAUUGUAGACAUCCUGAAAAACUCUGCUAUUCCUCCACCAACCUGCCUGGGGGAAGAGCCAGAAAGCAUGAAUGCCAGCUGCAGAACUCUAACCCGGGCAGCCUCAUUGAGAGGAAGCGUUGGAACUCCAGGUUCACCUGGCACUCCACCUACUCGUUUCUUUACAGAAAAAAAAAUCUCGCAGGAAUGCCUUGUCAUGGGAGCUAUUGAAACUGCAUUCAGGGAAAUGGAUUUGCAAAUAGAACGUGAAAGAACUGUCUUCAAUAUAUCUGGUGGUUGUACAGCUCUUGUGGUGGUGUAUUUACUGGGGAAACUCUAUGUGGCAAAUGCAGGUGAUAGCAGAGCCAUAAUAAUUAGAAAUGGAGAGGUCAUUCCAAUGUCUUCAGAAUUCACACCAGAAACAGAACGUCAGCGGCUCCAGUAUCUGGCAUAUAUGCAACCCCAUUUGCUGGGAAAUGAGUUUACACAUUUGGAGUUUCCAAGGAGAGUUCAGCGAAAGGAAGUUGGGAAAAGAAUGCUUUAUAGAGAUUUCAGCAUGAUUGGUUGGGCAUACAAAACCAUUGAAGAGGAUGACUUGAAGUUUCCCCUUAUAUAUGGAGAAGGCAAGAAGGCUCGUGUCAUGGCAACCAUUGGAGUUACAAGAGGACUUGGAGAUCAUGACCUGAAGGUGCAUGACUCAAACAUCUACAUCAAACCUUUUUUGUCCUCUUCACCAGAGGUAAGAGUUUAUGAUCUUCUCCAGUAUGAACAUGGACCGGAUGAUGUACUCACCUUAGCUACUGAUGGACUCUGGGAUGUAUUAUUAAAUGAAGAAGUAGCAGAAGCCAUCACUAAUUUCCUGCCAAACUGUGACCCUGAUGAUCCACACAGGCAUGUAACCUCUCUUCUGUACACACUAGCAGCUCAGGAUUUGGUAAUGCGAGCUAGGGGAGUGCUGAAGGACAGAGGCUGGAGGAUAUCCAAUGACCGACUGGGCUCAGGAGAUGACAUUUCGGUCUAUGUCAUUCCUUUAAUACAUGGAAAUAAACUCUUGUAAAAGCAGCAUCAGUGCUGGUACAGGAAAUGUUUGAUUAUUAACAAGAUCCUUUGAAAAAGACAGUCCUUUGAUAAAUGAAAGUAAUGGUUCAAACAUUCUCUUAAGCUUGAGUAACCUGAUCUCUUUAUACCUGAAAGCAAGGGCUGAUUUGCACAUCUCUUAGAGGUUGCAGCUUCCCUAAGCUUAUAUUAUUGGUACAUAUCAAGACCAGAACUUCAGUGCUGCUAGUAUAUUUAGUGUUUUCUUUUUAAUGUUCCUCCUGGUGAGGACACUGUUGUGAUCUAAUUUAAUUUAUUUUUCCCAGUUUAAUGUAGCCUAGAAUACUGAAUGAGAUGUGAAUUGGGAAGACCAUAAUUGAAACUGGAUAGGCAGCCUUUAUUUUCCCAAUUUCUGUGCUAGCUUACUUUUAUUUAGAAGACACUUAAUUUAUAAUUACUAAAGUUAGAAAAGCUGGUAACUACUUAGGUAUCGUUUGAAGGUAGUGAUGUUUCAGUGGAGAGGUUCUAGAGUUUUGCUUAUGCAUAUUAAUUCAAGCUUUCUUUCCUCUUCACUGUAAUGAAUGGAAGCUUUUUGUAUGUAUAGAUUUUUCUAUGGUGAAAUUAACUUUUUGGGUGGUGAAAUUAACUUUUUUCUGGUUUCAGUCUAGCACCUGUCAAUAAAAUUGCCUAAGAGAAUAGAGAAACAUUGGGUGGUAAAUCUAUUUUUGUGUUAUCUUUUUGUCAAAUGUGUAGCUAUGAUGUAGCAGACUGGGAGAUUAUUUUAGUUAAUAUUUACUUGUUAUCAGAUUUUUCAUGCAUUAAAUGCUUUGGUCUCCUCUUUCAAUGGUAUUCCUAUUGAAAGAAUUUUCCUACAAAUACUGUUGAUUUGGAUGUACUGUAUAAAUGUUUGUCUUGUUUUUUCUUUAGCUAUUUAAUGCUAGUGAAUAUUAGAACAUUCCUUUAGAACAAUAAGCUUCUCCCAUUUUCCUACUGUACUCUUUGAGCAUUGAUUUCUUUUACUGCUUCUAUUGUAAUCCGUUGCCAAGAUGCAGUGGGUAAAAGUGUAAAUUAUAAAUCCAUAUAGUAUAGCAAGAAUUUAUGAACAAUAAGCUUCAUUAGUUUGUUUGUAAUUGCCAAUAUUAAUAAAAUAUCAAAAUAGAUAAGAAUAAAUAUUCCAGUAAGAAACUUACUCAAGCAAAGUAUUCAUAAUUAUAUAUACAUAAUGCAAGCCACCUCUUCUGGAAUUAGAUGCUUGAGUUGGAUUCCUCAGGUAUUAUCUUCUCAAUCAAGAAAUCUAGUAGCAUGUUCUAUAUCAUUUAAAAAGUAAAUGAUAUGGCUGGAAAAUAAGAGAUCAACUUUUGAGAGAUCUGAAAUAUUUUAAAUAUUUUCCAAAAAAGAAGCUUUAAGCAUAAGAAGGAAAUGGUUCUAUAUGUUUUCAUAUCUUUUUUCUUUAACAUUUUCCCAUCUUCAGUGUUUUAAGUUGGUAUUUUUUGUGGGGCAGGCAUUUCAUAUACUGUCUUUGCAUCAAUACAAAUGUUUCUCUUGGUAGGGUAGUGCUACUGUAAAUAAGUUUGAAUCCAUAACUGAACAGUUCAAAAGAUAAUUAACCUAUGACAUCUCUAAAUAUGUAUGCAAUAAUGUAUUUUAUAGUAGGCUUCAUGAAACUGUUAUAAACAACAUUUCAUAGUGUAUGGUCUUUUCAACUCUGUAAGGAAAUCUGGAAGUGGAUAUUACACAGAAUGUAUUUCUGCAUUCACAGUGUAUACUUUUCAGUUCAGGUAAUUCUUAAUGUGGGUCGCUAUUGAUGUUCAGUUUCAUUUCAUUCUCAUAUGUGAAAUCGGUGUUUUCUGGGUAAAAUACUGUCACUGGUUCAUCAUCACUUUCUAAUGUAGCAUGUAUAUGGAAAAAUGUGCUGUUGUGUUGUUUGUCUUCAUUUUUCUUUUACAUAUUCCUCACUUCCACCACUAAAACCCUCUUUAAAUGCAAAUUGUCUCACUAGGUAAUUAAAAAUACAUAUUUGAUUUUUAUGUUGCUCUACCACGGGAGUCCCCAAUCCCCAGACUGUGGACCAGUAUUGGUCUGUGGCUCAUUGAGAACUGAGCCACACAAAUGACAGGCAAACGUGUGAAGUUUCAUUUGUGUAUGCACAGGAACUAGAUUCUGCACGCGAAACCAUCCUCUCCCUGCCUGUGCCACUGCUGCUGGCCCGUGGAGCUGGAAAGGUUGGGACCACUGCUCUAUCACAUUGACACAUUGUAUUUUGUUACAGCCUUUUUAGACACCUGGGCAUAAAAAUGAAUCGGAAUAGUCAAUAGCAGGAAUUGUAUGUAUUCAUCACUAUUACAUUCUGUGUAGUUACUCUUUUUCUAUAAUUGCUAGUUUUACAGUAAUCUAAUGCUAGAAAACACAGAUUCAAUUCCAGUGUUACAUUAGUUCUUUGCAGUUACUACUUAAUUUGCAUAAAGAAAAACAUGGGUAUCUGUAGAAGCUUCCUGUUUUUCAUCAGUUGUGAAAGCAACAUCAUGCAGUUGUACCACAAAAUCCACCUCUUUUGGUUGUAGAUGUGAUCAUAUGCCAUAUGUAUAAAAGAGAUAGGAUUUGCAUCAUGGCAGUGUAACAUUGCUUUUGUCAAUCUAUCCUUUGACACCCUCCCCGCAAUAAUAUAUCCAUUAGCAAUAUUUUCAAAAGUAGUCUUAGAAUUGACUGCCAUGUGUUUUUCCAGGUGCAGUAGUAGUGACAUCCUUGUAUCAAAAUAACACAUGGAAACCAAUUAUAAAUAUCUUUCUAAUAGUUCUGUCUUAAUAACAUUGUAGCGGCUACCAAAUACUUCCUGGAAAUACCAAAAGUCCCAGUCAGGACAAUUAAAAAAAUGUAGUCAUGUCAAUCCAAUGCAAAUCUAAGCAACAUUGACUCACCUAACAAAAUUCAGAAAUUUAAGCUGACAUUUAAGUUUCCUUCCAUUUCUAUUGCUGCAGAGCUUCUUCAAAGUUUUGAUCUUGUUCAAAAGAUUGCUUUGAAUCAACAAUGAGUCUCUCUCCUGCCCUCCCAAGAAGUAUAUUUUAUAUAUGUCUUUGAGUAGUAUCCAGAUGAACGUAAGUAGCAGCUAUUUAUAAACCUCUGCAAAGAAUUUGGUCUUCUAGAACAAUACACUGUUGAAGGAACUGUAUCAAUUUCUGCAUAUGAUAGAGUUGGAGUGGAUUUUAUGCCUUGUGUUAUUAGACUGCAAAUGAAGUCUUGCCAAUCUCAACAGAGGUAUCAAAUGGUAUCUCUAUUUAUUUGAGAAGAAAAAGUUCCACUGUGUUAGCAAAACCUAGCUAAGGCUUACAUAACAUCCCUUCUACAUGAAUGCAUAUGAAAUAAUACUCCAUUAAUCUAUUCUGUUACGGAGUUUGUUAUUAUUAUUUAGAGCAGGUUUCUCCAGAUAUACUAGUCUAUAUUUUCCAAAUUAGUAUUUGGGUUAGUUUGAGUUUUGGUCAUUUGGGGCAUUGGAAGAAUUGUUCAGCACAUAUGGAGCAAUACAAGCUGAGAAAGACUAUCUUAAAAAUAAUGAUGCUAUACACCAAAACGCUGAAAAUGAACAAGACUAUAACUUCAUUAUUAUAUAUUAAAGAUCUUGAAGGAGUGUUGUUAAACAAAACCAAAUACCCAGCCUCACUCCUUCACUCAUCCACAAUGGAGGAAACAUCUGUAUUUUUUUAAAUGACUGUCUCAGUUAAAAUCUAACUGAAAACAUUUAUAGGAAAAUAUAAAUUUAAAAUUCAGAAAAAAAUUGUUGCUAAUAGAGCAAUAUAAAUUUCCAUAAUGUUCUUUGCCUGGUACUAAGUCAACAACAUAUAAUUUCAAAAUUCCAAGAUAUAUUAAUUACAUUAUUAAGUUUUACAACUGUGUAGUCUAAAAUUUCCUUUACCAAAUUAGGCAGUAUUUUGGGGGUGAUUCUUCUAACACCUUAUUUCCAAUUGUAGCUAACAAUUAUAUAAUGUUUUUAAUGAAACAUUCCAAUUCAAAUUAUCUAAGAUCUUGUUUCAUUACUUACCAAUGCCCAUAAAAAGGAUUCGUCUUAAUUACAAUCUAAAAUCAGCAGCACAUGACAAGUGGUCUUGGAUUCCAAACAAUAGUGAAAUGGUUUUUUAUCAAGAACUGUCAAGUGCUGAAAGUAAAGUAGUCAUUGUAUGUAUUUUCUCUGAGGUCUGAUUCUUAUUUUUGAUAAUGAAGCACUAGAAAUCUACAAAGCCCAUUUUAGUACUUUUGCCCUUUGUACAUGUACUAUUGCAGUUUGCAUUUUACAAACAUUUGCACAUUCUCAAUUUACUUUGUUUUCUUUUAAAGAGAUGUUGUAGGCCAGGGGUGUCAAACUUGAUUUCAUUGAGUGUUGUAGUUGUCUGCUGUUGGAAAAGGAGGGGCAUGGUCGGGGUGGCUGAAGGAGCGUGGCUCGGGGAUGUGGUCAGCUUGACAUCAAUCAUGUGUGUGGUACCUGUGGGGAUUGGGCUGGGUUGGGGAGGGAAUUCAGGGAUUUCCAGUGGGUGGGACGGGGGUUGGGAGGGUUGUCCCACAGGAUGGGGUGAGGUGAGGCAGGGCAGCUAUAGCCAGAAACCGAUUGCCACCCUGUGCUUGCUGCCCUUUGUGUACGGGGGAUGGGUGAGUUGAUUUCUGGUUGUAGCUGCAGUCUGCUGUUCCCUUAGCUGGCACACGCUGUGGCUCUGAAUCCCACCACUGGGUUGGCUGUCCAUGCAGACUGCUGGGUGCGCUUAUUCCAUCCCACUGUCUGUUUUGGCUUGCAGUUGGAGACCUGUCAUCUUGGCCCCUUUGCAGGUCUUGCCCUUAGCCUGUGUGUUCUCCUCACAUACCUGAUGCACCUCGGCCCCACUGUGGGCUGCCACCACUGCCACUCAGCAGACCCACCCAGCCCAAAGAAGGCGAAGCAGCCAGCUAGAAAGGCUGAGUAGGGGUGGUAGAGCAGGCCCAGGCCCAGGCAAAAGACAGCCACUGUGAGUGAGGAAAGCUGAAUCCCCAUUGGUGCCAUGGUUGCCCAUGCCCAUCAGAGAUGGGGGAAGGCACGCAAUCACAGGUGAUGAUGGCAGUGGCCUAGUAGACCUGCGUGAGCUGCUGGCAGCCCAUAGUGGUGUUGAGCUGCAUCAGGUGUGUGAGAGGAAUGUGGUCCAUGUGCAGGCCAAGAGCACAAGACCUGAGAGGGGGCUGAGAUGAGUACCGGUGACUUGUUCCCCAAUGGCAAGCAAAAACAGAUUGGACAGAGUAGGUGGGCUGAUGGUGUCUGGCAGUAACCACCCCACACCCUCUUCACCUUUCUUACCCCGUGGCAGUAGCCCAUGGCAGAGGUGCAGGGGAGAGGCAUGCUGGAUGCACCAGGCAGCUACCUGUCCCAGCCACAUGGAAUGGUGCAGGCAUGUCCGGUGGUGUGCAUAACAUGCCUCCCCGCCAACUCUGCCUGCUCCCAGUGCUGCCACACUUGUUUCUUGGAGGGCCAGCUGCAGAGCCCCUGCUGCCGGACACCCCACAUGUACACACACCUGAAAGCCGGUAAGGGCAGUCUUCCUAAAACAGCUAAGGGACUUGCCCAUGUCGCUUUUGCCUGGCACAUACCCUCCUGGCUGGCAUGCAUACACACAGGUGGCAGGUGCAUAUAUGCACAGGCCUAGGCCACCCCAUCCCGGCAUAUGUGCCUGCACCGUCCUGCUCGCCUGCGCCCGUCAGGAUGGCAUGGGCAAGGCUGAAGCAACAUGGACUGGCCCCUUACUGUUUCCAGGAGGGUCAUGCUGGCUGGAUCUGACCACAUUGUGGGCUGGAUCCGGCCCAUGGGCCUUGAGUUUGACACCCCUGUUGUAGGUAGACUUAAACCUCUACAAUCAUUCUGCCAAAUUAUACCUGUAUUUUACUUGAAAACGUAUUCCAUUCCAAUCUUUGCUUUAUUUUAGUGGGAUAAUGAUUAUAUUUAUGGAAUAUAAUAUUUUCUAGGCUCAGCAUUCUACAUGAUGAAAUGAAUUUGAUGGAUAAAAAUGAUUUAGAUUAAUGUACUUAACAUUGUGACUGUCAUUUUUUUUGUAAUUUAAGAACAAAAAUGUUUAGCAAAGGGAUAUAUUUUAUGUGUUUUGAAAAAUUUUCAGUGCAAUUAAGAAAGCUGAAAAACCAGAAAAAUGUAUGCACAUUAAAAUUUUUAAAUGGAAUUGUAAAAAAAUAAAAAUAAACAGAAAAACUCA